GUGGCUCCCGCUCGCCCUGUGGGCGCCCGCCGGUCCCGUCGCCAUGUUGUCCCUCGACUUUCUGGACGAUGUGCGGCGGAUGAACAAGCGGCAGCUGUACUACCAGGUGCUCAACUUCGGCAUGAUCGUGUCCUCGGCGCUGAUGAUAUGGAAGGGGUUGAUGGUGGUCACCGGGAGCGAGAGCCCCAUCGUGGUGGUGCUCAGUGGCAGCAUGGAGCCCGCCUUCCACAGAGGAGACCUCCUCUUCCUCACCAACCGGGUGGAAGACCCCAUCCGCGUGGGCGAGAUCGUCGUCUUCAGGAUCGAGGGGCGGGAGAUUCCCAUCGUCCACCGCGUCCUAAAGAUCCACGAAAAGCACAACGGACACAUCAAGUUCUUGACCAAAGGAGACAACAACGCCGUGGAUGACCGGGGGCUCUACAAGCAGGGGCAGCACUGGCUGGAGAAGAAGGACGUGGUUGGGAGGGCGCGAGGGUUCGUCCCCUACAUUGGGAUCGUGACCAUCCUCAUGAACGACUACCCCAAGUUCAAGUACGCCGUCCUCUUUCUACUGGGCUUGUUCGUGUUGGUACACCGAGAGUAGACGGCCCCGCACCGCCGCCGGGAACGACAACCGGCUUCCGGAGCCCGAGAGUUUGGAAUCGAUCCCGGUCUGCAGGUGGCCGCGCGCGGAAAACCUGCGUCUCAGCGCUUUUAAACCAGGACCGGUUUGGGUUAGCUUGCGUUUCCACUGCAGGACGUGUGCGGAUGUGUGCACGCGUGCGUGCAUGCGUGUGUGAGGUCUGCGGGGGCGGGGGGGGGGGAGCGCGCGCGCACGCCGAGAAAGCGCAUCCCGGGAUUUCCUAUGUCAUCAUGUCACAUUUUAGCAUUUUUGUACCUCAGUGAACUUUUGUAUUAAAAGGUGAAGCCGAG